UCCGAUCAGCCGUGGUCCAAGCACGCAAACAGGGUAGGGGUAAACACACGGAGGGACUCUCGCAGCCAAAAGACCGCGCACUGACUGACGCUGCUUUGCUUUCCGUCCCAUUGUUUGAGACGAACAGACGUACCACUGGCCUUCUGUAGCUCUGUAGGGAAAUUCAAGAUGGUUAAGGAUCCAACUAAGCCGAAGGGCAAAAUGUCCUCAUAUGCCUACUUUGUGCAAACAUGCAGAGAGGAGCAUAAGAAAAAACAUCCCGAAGCCUCUGUCAACUUUUCAGAGUUCUCCAAGAAAUGCUCUGAGCGGUGGAAGACAAUGUCUUCCAAAGAGAAAGGCAAGUUUGAAGACAAGGCCAAGCUAGACAAGGUUCGAUAUGACAGGGAAAUGAAGACUUACAUUCCCCCCAUGGGCACCAAGAGGAAGCGAUACAAGGACCCCAAUGCCCCCAAGAGACCACCGUCUGCAUUCUUCCUUUUCUGUGCCGACUUUCGCGCCAAGGUAAAGGCCGAGACUCCUGGACUUUCCAUCGGGGACACAGCAAAGAAGCUGGGACAGAUGUGGAAUGAAUCUACUCCGGAGGAAAAGCAGCCUUAUGAGAAGAAGGCAUCCAAGUUGAAGGAGAAAUACGACAAGGAUGUUGUUGCCUACCGCACAAAGGGCAAAGUGGAUUCCGCACCGGCUGCUGCAGCAGAUGACGAUGAUGAUGAGGAUGAUGAGGAGGAGGGAGACGAUGAUGAAGAUGACGAUGAUGACGAUGAUGAGUAGAUUGCACAGGGUUGGAACCUGAAAUUUUGUUUAUGCCAUAUAACCCUAAUGUACUCAAUUCACCAUCUUGAAACAGAAAACAAAUUGGACAAUGUGUAUAUUUAAUGUUUUUAAGAUGUACAGUGUUAUUCUCCUUCUUUGUAAAGUUAACACUACAUAACUUAAGUUUGGGAUUUUCUAGUGGUAGCUCUUUAUCCCUGCCAUACUAUGUACCAAUUUAGGAGGACUUCAAAUCGGUAUUAAAGUAUGUAGUCUUUAGGUGUUACAACUCAAAAAUGAGAUUUCUGAGUUGGUAGUGUAUUUUUCUUUACUUUGAAAAAUAUUUUUUUAUGUGAUGUCCCAAUGUCUUUUUAUUCUUUGAAUACCACUCUAAUAUCAAAUGCAGCUGUUGACAUUCAACAAUGUCUUCAAUAAAGGUCGUUUUUUUUAAAAGAA